ACAAGUUUGCAGCGAAACGAGUCAACCAGGGGAGCAACUCAAUUAGGCCGCUGCUUGCUUCUUCAUCUUCCAUGUCUUUCCUCAUAGUCGCUAAAAAGUUCUCCUUCUCGUCAUCUCCUUUACUGCUUCACAGAAGAACAAUCUGUUCUAAGAUGUCGGCCGAGUCGUCCCCUCGCACUCACACUAUCAGCUUGCCCACCCAACUCGGCGAACCCGUCCGUAUCAUUGCUGCCCCUGGUAUCUCCGAUUCUGACUUCAGGAGUGCUAUUGAUUCUUCUUUGUUUAAGCAGUGGUUGAAUAGCAUGCAAACUAAAACAGGGGUUUUGGCAAAUGGAGCGAUGUCUUUAAAACAAGUUUUCAUUCAGGGAGUGGAUAUGUUUGGAGAUCGCAUUGGCUUUCUCAAGUUCAAAGCAGAUGUAUUUGAUAAGGAAACAGGGAAAAAGGUUCCAGGUAUUGUGUUCGCACGAGGACCAGCUGUAGCUGUGUUGAUCCUUUUGGAUUCAGAGGGCGAGACUUAUGCUGUUCUUACUGAACAGGUCAGGGUGCCUGUUGGGAGGCUUAUUUUGGAAUUGCCAGCUGGAAUGUUGGAUGAUAACAAGGGUGAUUUUCUUGGCACUGCAGUUCGUGAGGUUGAAGAGGAGACUGGAAUACGUCUGAAUCUAGAAGACAUGUUUGAUUUGACAGCUUUGCUGGAUCCAUCAACUGGUUGCAGAGUUUUUCCUUCUCCGGGAGGUUGUGAUGAGGAACUGAGCCUGUUCUUGUACAGAGGCCAUGUGAGUAAAGAUGUUAUUGCACAGCUGAAAGGAAAAGAGACCGGUCUUCGCGAACAUGGUGAGCUGAUCAAGGUGCAUGUGGUUCCCUAUAGAAAACUCUGGCGCACAACUGCUGAUGCCAAGGCUCUAACUGCAAUUGCUCUUUAUGAAAUGGCCAAGAGAGAAGGGCUAUUGCCGCCUCAGAAAAGUUCUCCUGGCGACAGUUCUAGCCACUAAGCGUAACCAGCACGGAAUUAGCAUGGUUCCUAGCGGCGGCAGUCAUUUUGAAGUGACGAAAAAAAUGUUUGAAAAGUGAACUGCUCACUUGUUCAUUUCGUUCGUGCAGUGAGUUGCACCCUUCAGAUUUGCUUGUGUUGACCCUUGGCAACAGUCUAACCAGCACGGAAUCAGCGUAGUUCAUUGCAGAGAAAUCACAGCUUGAUUUUCUUCGCCUUAUUAUUUCCUGACGAUGCCUUCUCAGGUGAACUUUUCUUGAUAUUCUGAAAUCAAAAAUCCAAUAUUUUGGACACCCAAAGAAGGAAAAGUUUCUAGAUUCUUUUUUUGAAAAGAAAAAUUUUAUGGAGAUGCUAUGAUCUCAAAACCCUGCUCACGCCGACUCCUGCCAGGCCUCAAAAGGAGAACCUAGAAAAAGUAGUAUCUUGGCUGAUGGUACCAUAUAAGCACACGAUACCGGCAUGGAAACAAAUGUUCUUGCGAGCUCCAUUGCUUGUAUCAAAUUGACUCUUAGAAGAGUUUAUUUGUCGCCUUCCUGCAAUCACCAUUACAUUUCUCAUCAAAAUCUGUUCUCUCUCCGAAAGUGGCCACGGGAAGCAGGAAGAGGUGAUGAUGUUGAUUAAAUCAACAAGAGAAACCUCACGUGCUGCACCAGAAAGUUUGGUGAUUCCAUAUCCCUUAUGCUGUUGCCAAAGGCUGAAACAAGCAAAUCAAGUUGUGAAACUCAGGGGAGAUACUUGUAAUAGUGAUUUUAUGUAGGAUUUUGUUUGAACUCAUAAAAGUAAGAUAGGAUCACGUCAUUGAGACUUCACACUUGUAUGAGUUUAAAUGAUAAGAUGGCAUCAAGCUGUUUGUGGUUUUCAAAUUUUUUGGAAAGACCAUUCCUUAUAAAAUUUUC